AAAAACCUUAUAAAUGUGAUGUUUGUAGUAAAUCAUUUAGUCAGAAAGGUCAUCUAAAAACACACAUGAGAAUUCAUACUGGUGAAAAACCUUAUAAAUGUGAUGUUUGUAGUAAAUCAUUUUCUGAUAGUAGUUCUCUAAAGAAACACAUGACAAUGCAUACUGGUGAAAAACCUUAUAAAUGUGAUGUUUGCAGUAAAUCAUUCACUACUAGUAGUAAUCUACAGACUCACAGGAGAAUUCAUACAGGUGACAAACCUUAUAAAUGUGAUAUUUGUAGUAAAUCAUUUUCUGAUAGUAGUCAUCUAAAGAAACACAUGAGAAUUCAUACAGGUGAAAAACCUUAUAAAUGUGAUGUUUGUAGUAUAUCAUUCACCUUAAGAAGUACUCUACAGAGGCAUAUGAGAAUUCAUACAGGGGAAAAACCUUAUAAAUGUGAUAUUUGUAAUAAAACAUUUAUACAGAAAGGCAAUCUAAAUUUACACAUGAAAAGUCAUACAGGCGAGAAACAAUUUAAAUGCGAUGUUUGUAGAAAAUUUUUAACUACCAGUACUAAAUUACGAACACACAUGAGGGUUCAUACAGGUGAAAAACCUUAUAAAUGUAAUGUUUGUAGUAAAUCAUUCACCACUAAUGGUAAUCUACAGUCACACAUAAGAAUUCAUACUAGAGAAAAAAACGUUUAAAUGUGAUGUCUGUAGUAAAUCAUUUUCUGACAGCAGUAUUCUGCAGAAACACAUUAGAAUUCAGAC